AUGGAAGACGAUAUUCUUUUCCAGCCUCGUCGUUCAGCACCCACACCGUCGCCUACUUCGCGCAGACAACGUAGCCUGCCUCCAAGCCUUCCUUCUUUCAGUUCGUCUUCGCUUUUUCACCGUACACUUCACCCGCGUAUAUCAAAUAAACACCAUGACAUAACUAGGGCAAAGAUCAAAACUGCUUUAGAACUAAAAAUGAGGGAAGAGAGGUUGAGAGAGGCUUCGGGGCGUGGGGACUGUGACACUGUUAUUAACUUACUUUCUAACAACCCGCAUCUUGAUCUUAAUAAUCCUGAUGAGAAAGGAAGGACACCUUUACAUUUUGCAUGCGCUGGCGGGCAUUAUGAAUGUGUCCAACUUUUAAUUAAACGCGGUUCAAAUGUCAAUGCUGAAGCUGAUGUCGCGGGAAAUAGGCCUUUGCAUUUAGCCAUUAUUUCUAAUAAAAUAGAAUGCGUCAUAGCAUUAUUAGAAGCAGGGGCCAAGAUAGGCAAGGAUGAUGAAUUUCAUCGUUCGCCGUUAGCGGUUGCACGAUCAAGACUUAAUAUAUUAAUGAAAAAUAGUUUGAAUAAUUCUGAAAGCGUGGAUCCUGAAGAAAUGGCGGAAGACAGUAAUUAUAUACCUGAAAAUCGAGAAAUAUUUGAACAGGUUUUACAAAUAAUUAAAAUUUUGCGACAUUACCUAACUCUGGAAGAUCGAAGUCUUAGCAAUGCCCAAGAUUCCAUGGAUGCUGACAUUUCAUUUGUGACAAAAAGUUUAACAUCUGCAUCCAACAUUGAAUCUCCGAUCAGUACUAUCGAAGCUUUAGAUGAUUUGACUUCUCAGUUAUCUCAAAUGGUCAUCUCUACAUCAAAUGGUGGAAAUAAUGAUUCACAUUUUUCAUUACCAGAAUCGGCAGUUUUGAAUAAAGUUCAAAACGUCUUGGAUAAUAUAAUAAAAUAUAAAGCCUAG